CCUCCGCUGGAGCUGGGACGUGCUACGCUGCAUGGCGUCAGCUUCCAUCUGCACUGCCAGUCCUCUGGAAAUGUGCAGCUCCAGGCACAAGUCAUCGCACCGUAUAGUGGCUCAGAUGUCUUUUACCUCUCCAUGGGAAGCUGCCCUUCGUGGAGGUGGUUUUUGCACUCUGGCUGGGGCACGAACUGUGCCGAGGAUGAGAAUUGUGCCUACCAAGACGAUCCGCGUUGGACAAUGGAGUCUGAGCCGUGCAAGUUGCAGGAGGGCAAGCAUUUCGUCACCUUCCGGCCAUCACAUCCAGGCGACCUCAAGCUGACUAGGCUGCGGCUGUCGAGUGGAUCAGAUUUUUGCUCGUUCGAGCCUCUCCCACCUGCCGCCACAACGACCACAACAACGUACACGACUCCACCGUACUUGCAAGGAGCUUGCCCUUCUGAAGCAGAGGAAGCGAGGGAUUUCAAUGACUGCCCCUUCCGAUACUAUGUUCUGGAGGUUCUUACAACUGCCGGAGAGGAGGCUGCGUGGAAGAUUGGCGAGCUGAGACUGUACCAUGUCAAUGCUCGUGGGCGGCUCCAGAAGUUCCCAAGCUCGAACGUACGGGCAGAGCUUAUCGAGGAUGAUGCAGAAACGCGCGGCUGCGAAGCCAGCAACGCUUCCAAUGCCUUUGACUUAUCUGUCUUGAGUGGUCUCUGUUCGCCGAGCCCCAUGGUCAAAUUGAGAUUAGACUUGGGCAAGCCGGUGGCCAUCACCAAAUAUACGGUUAUCAGCGCCAACGCCUCCUUCGGCUCCUUUGACCCUGCUUCCUGGAGGCUUUGGGGCUCAGCAGAUGGAAAGACAGCGAGCGACAUGAGUUCACUUUCCACAGCAGUGAAGUUGAGCGAGGUGUCCAAGGCGCACUUUCCUUCGGCUCGGUGGAUGUGUGAUCCUCCUUGGGGUGUGCCCCGCAAGCGAGGCUACCAAUGUCCGGCAACAACAACAAGCACAACUACGGAGGUGGAGGUGAUGACCACCACGACGUCAACAACAGCCAUGGUGAAGAAAGAUCGCUGCUUCUACAGAUACUAUGCGCUUCAGGUGCUGCAGGCCAACGAUGACAAGGCAACAGCGUGGCAAUUGGCAGAGAUUGAGCUCAGGCAGAAUGGAAAGGCCCUGCUUUUACCAAAAUCGCGUGGAGCAGCAUGGUUUGUCCAUGGGCGGGCAGCAAGGCCAGCCACCAUCCUCGAUGAUGGGACGGAAGCAUACAACGUCCUUGACGGAAACCUGGCAACGGUGGCGCAGCCGGAUGGAGGCUUCUCGGCCAACUACACGUCGCUGCAAGUGGCCCUUGGUCAACGUGUUCGCAUUCCUCGGAGCAGUUCCACAUUUGAUUACGCAGCGCCACAUUUCUGCAUGGACGACGAUGAGGACACGCGCUGUAGUACAGCCUGGAACGGAGGUGCUGGCGAGCUGAACCCGUGGUGGCAAGUGGAUCUUGGAAUCCGGGAGGCUGUGGAGAUUGUUGCGCUGCUCAGUCAUCCUGAUGGUUGCGAAGCUCGCUAUGGCGUUGAUGUUGGAGACCUGUGCACGCCUACCGGUGCCGUCGUCAGCAUCAGCGAUGUGUCCUGUGCAGGCCACGCCUGUCCUGGCGAGCCAUGCGGCAAAUUGGAGCUUAAGGGCAAGGACAACUGGUAUUACGUCUCUUGCGAAGGCAAGGUCGGCCGCUACGUGCAAGUCCAACUGAAGGGGCAGAGGGUGCUGAAUUUCCGCGAGUUUCGCCUCCUUGACAAGGAUGCGGUCACUGAUGUGGACCUGCCGCAGCCAGCGCAAAAGAUGGCCAUGGACCAUUUUGCCUCGCGGUCCCAAUUAAGGCGUGAGAUGCAACCACUUGUUUUUUCAGCAGUCUCAGCCUAUAUAGCGCUGCAAGCCGGGUGCCAGUCUUUCCAAAAUUUGUGGGAUGAUCUGUUCAACAUUGUUUAA